AGCAAAUGAAUGACUAUAAACUUUUUCUAACCAAGGCCAGAUACAGGAUGGGGAUAACCCCAGAUCAUGCCCGUCGGCGCUUCAGAACCCAAAAGUGGAAACCAGAGGUGUCAUUUCCCAAACACGCCUACUACAUUGCAAAAAACUAUGAGGCCUGGCUAACAGGAAACAACAUUCAAACCUUGGAAGAAAUGAACCUCCUCAUACAAAUGGAGCAGUUCUUGGAUGGUGUUCCUGAAGACAUCACACGGUACAUACAAGAUGGAAAUCCCAAAGAUAUCGCUGAGGCGGGGGAGAUUGGAGCCAAAUGGAUGGAACUGGCAGAAAGCAAGAAAGCUACUGUCAAGGGGAACGAUUACCCCAGGGGGCACACAGACCAUAAACCCUACAACCGAGGACAGCCAAAGACCCCACAUACCACCCAAGUAAAGCCACAGAUACCCUACCCUUCAACCUCACCAGUCUCCAGUAACUCACCUCGGCCCAGUGACCCAUCAGAUGGAAGAUGCUUUAAGUGUAAUGAACUGGGACAUAUCAAGGCCAAGUGUCCCAAGAACACCAUGCGAGUGCAAUUCAUUACACCACCAUCACACCAAAGAUCCCCAGGCCCGGAUGCCUCUCAAAUACCCUUGGAGCGAAGGGAAAAUUUGAGAGUGGGCGGAAAGAAGGUUACUGCGUGGAGAGACACGGGGGCACAAGUGUCAGCUAUCCACCAAUCCUUCGUUGACCCCAAAUUCAUCAACCCAAAGGCCAAAGUUACAAUUUACCCCUUCAUGUCACAAGCUGUAGACUUGCCUACAGCUCAACUGCCUGUCCAGUACAAAGGCUGCUCAGGAAUGUGGACUUUUGCAGUCUAUGACAAUUAUCCUAUCCCCAUGCUACUGGGGGAAGACUUGGCCAACCAGGUGAAGCGGGCCAAGCGAGUGGGAAUGGUUACACGUAGCCAAACCAGGCAAGCUUCCAGACCCAUUCCUGUUCCUGAGCCGUCCACAGACGCCCCGUCUGUGUUACCAGAGACCCAGACAGAGGUAGUGGACCCGGAUUCCAUGCCAACCACUGAAACAGCCACAGCGCCUCCAGUCCCAGGCCCGGAACUGGAACAGCAACCAGCACCAGCAAGUGCAACCACAUCUUCAAACUCAACGCCAGAGGGCGCCAGCGAGCCAGAACUGGCAGAAGCAACAGACAGCCAUACCCAAAAGGCUCAGCCAGAGCCUGAAAUACCCUCAGGUGCACCAGCAGAGAGCGGUUCACCAGCAACGGAAACAACCCCAUCACCUACAUCGCUUCCAGAGGGACCAAGCCCAAGUCCACAGUCUGAGGAAGAACUGGUGACCCCAGCCUCAAGGGAACCGUUCCAGACUGAGCAGGAAGCAGGUGACAGCCUUCAGAAAGCUUGGGCGGCGGCACGGAGCACCCCACCGCCUCUCAGCUCUUCUAAUCGAUCCCGGUUUGUUAUAGACCAAGGACUUUUAUACAGGGAGAGUCUUUCUGUCAGCUUUGAAGCUGAGGAAAGAAUAAAGAAACAUGAUAAACAGCUGACCAGGGAAGAAGCUGCUCACAAGAGAGCUAUGGAGGCAGAAAAAGCCAAGAUGGAGGCAGAAAAAGCCAGGGAAGAAACUGGCCACAAGAGGGCUAUGGAGGCCCAGAGAGAGGCCCAGAAGCAUGAAGUGGAGUUAAAGAGGGCAAAGGCUAAGCAGAAUAUACAGGACAACCCUAGCAAACCUUCUCCAAAAGGGGCAUACCACUCCAUUGACACAGGCAAUGCUCACCCAAUUAGAGCCCAGUCUUACGGGGUGUCUUCUCAAGCCAAAACUGCUAUAGAAUGGGAGAUCCAGACCAUGCUACAGAUGGUGUAA